AUGGGCCUCAGCGCGGCCGCGACGGCGGGGGGCGAGGCGUCGGCGUCGCUCGCGAGAUCGAUCGCGAACGCGCUUAGGGUUUAUCACGACCUGAGCAAGUUCAAGCUCAGCGCGUUCGUCGUCUCCACCGCGGCGGCGGGGUACGUCCUCGGCAGCGGCGAGCGCGUGGACUGGGAGGGGUUAGGGUGGACGUCGUUGGGGACGAUGCUGUGCAGCGCGAGCGCGAACACGUUCAACCAGGUGUUCGAGGUGAAAAACGACUCAGUGAUGGCCCGAACGAUGCGUCGGCCGCUCCCGGCGAAGCGCUGCAGCGUCGCGCACGCGGCGACGUUCGGCGUCCUCGCCGGUCUCGCGGGCGUGGGGGUGUUGACCGUGAAAGCGAACAACGAAACGGCCGCGCUCGGGGCGUUCAACAUCGCGCUCUACGCGCUGUGCUACACCCCGCUGAAACAGAUGCACUGGUUGAACACCUGGGCGGGCGCCGUCGUCGGCGCGAUACCGCCCGUCAUGGGCUGGUGCGCCGCGCGAGGCGCGAUCGAGCCCGCCGCGGGCGUCCUCGCCGCGGCGCUGUACUACUGGCAGAUGCCGCACUUCAUGGCGCUGGCGUACAUGGCGAGAGACGACUACGUGAGGCGCGUUCUAUCUCACACUGGCGGCUACCGAAUGCUCUCGCACCCCGCCUACGACGCAACCGGCAGGCGACUCGCCGCGGUGGCGCUCCGUAACGCCGUGUACAUGUUCCCCCUCGGCGUCGUCGCCGUGACGUGCGGGCUGACCACCGCGCCGUUCGCGUACGAGGCAGCGCUGCUCGCGGCGCCGAUGGCGCUCAGCGCCGCGGUGUUUUACCGUCGGCCGAGCACGACGCACGCGCGUCGGAUGUUUCACGGGUCGCUCGUAUACCUCCCGGUGUUUCAAGGGUUAGCGUGCCUUCACAGGAUACCGAGGGCGGAGGACGCGCGCCGCGCGCCUCUGGCGGUGAGCGCGCCGCCGAUGGAGAGGUGGUGGGCGUGGAGCGAGUGGAGCGUGGACGGGUGGACCGCGUGGGACGGUCUCGCGGAGCUCGGCGCCGGGAUGGAUCGAUCGAGCCAGGCGCCGUUUCCAUUUUUGCCGCCGCCGACGUGGGCGACGGGGGAGGGGGACGACGCGGGAGGGGGCGCGCGGUGUCCGCACAAGGUGGACUUCGAGCCGGGUCGGUCGUCGGGCGCGGUCGUCGAGACGCGGCGGUGGUGGGGGCGCGGGACGCGAAGGAGUAGCAAAACGUCGGAAGAACGACGAUAGCGGCGGCGGGCGAGCGAUAGAAUUGGAUUAUUAGUCUCCACCCCCCCCACUCAC